AUGGAUCAAGUGUUUCUCAGUUUCUCCUUAGAUGAACAGCCCAUCACUAGAGCUGUCAGUUCGUCACACUGUCAAGAACUACUUGAACAGUUUCCUCCUAACAUACUGUGUCUGGUAAAUGGGAGGUCGUUUGAUACAAGUUACAAGCUACAGCAAUAUGACACUGUUACCUUACAUCCUAAACUAUGCGGAGGCAAAGGAGGGUUCGGGUCCAUGCUCCGUGCUAUUGGUGCACAGAUAGAAGCUACCACUAACAACGAUGCUUGCAGAGAUCUAAGUGGUAAGAGACUCCGUGACGUCAAGUGCGAGAAACUGAUGAAGGACUGGUCAGAAAAGAAAGCCCACGAGAAAGAUGACAGAAAGGAGAGGAAGAAACAGAAGCUUCAGAACAUUCUAGAGCGGCCUGCUCGUAUUAAAGCAGAAGAUAACACGUACAUAUCGGAGGUAAGGGAUAGCGUGAACGGUAAAACUAUCUUAUAA